AUGGAGCCAACAAUGAUUCCAUGGCCUUCAUUUUCCAGAGCUAUUCUUAUGGUGUUUUUUAUGAUCAGCUUCUUCUUCAUCAUCAUCUCAUCAUCUUCUUCAUUGAACUCCAUUGGAGUUUUAAUGGAGAUAAAAACAUCAUUUAAGGAUGAUCCUAAGAAUGUACUGAGUGAUUGGUCGGCGACGGCGACGGCGACUAAUAAGUCAAAUUUCUGCACAUGGAAGGGAAUCACUUGUGGGAAGAGUUCAAUCAAUGAUUCAACCCAAGUUGUGGGUUUUAAUUUAUCAGAUUCAUCCCUCGCCGGACCAAUUCCGCCGGCGAUUCAACAGUUAGCUGAUUUGGUCGUCAUUGAUCUUUCUUGCAAUAAUUUAACUGGUCCCAUUCCAAUAUUUCUCUCUAAAUUAUCAAGUUUAAAAACUCUGUACCUGUAUUCGAAUCAACUCUCCGGACAAAUACCGCCGGAGCUUGGAUUACUGAAGAAUCUCCAAUACCUUGAACUGGGUAAGAAUAACUUGACUGGAUCGAUUCCGGCGACGUUUGGGAAUCUGGUUAAUCUGCACGAUCUUGGCUUGUCUAAGUGUAAUAUCACCGGCGAAAUUCCGGCGGAGCUUGGCAAGAUUAACAAUCUCACGGUCCUGAAUUUGCAACAAAACGAGUUUUAUGGUCCAAUUCCACCUAGUCUCGGGAAUUGUUCGAGUCUACAAAUUUUCAACGCUGGAAGCAAUUUUAAUCUCAAUGGAACUAUUCCGGCCGAAUUGGGUAUGCUUCGGAAUCUCAAGCUACUCAGUCUUGAGUACAAUUCUUUCACCGGAGAGAUUCCAGAGGAAUUGGGUAAUCUCGGAGAGCUUUUUUUCUUGAAUCUAGUUGGAAACAAACUUGAAGGGUCAAUCCCCAAAUCGUUGGCUAAGUUGGGUAAUCUUGAAACUUUGGAUUUAUCAACAAACAAGCUCUCCGGAGAGAUCCCGGAGGAAAUUGGGAAUAUGGGUAAGCUUAUUUUCUUGAUUUUAUCAAAUAACAGUCUUUCCGGUACCAUACCCAGAAAACUAUGUUCAAAUUUAACUAAUCUCCAAGUGAUGUUUCUAUCUGUAAAUCAACUUACCGGCGAGAUUCCGGCGGAGAUAAGGGGUUGUCGGUCUAUUACACAGCUUGGUUUGUCUGGUAAUGCAUUGAUUGGUCCGAUUCCAUCGGAGGUUUAUGAAUUGGUUGAGAUGACUGAUCUUAUUCUACAUAACAAUACGUUAUCGGGUUCUAUUUCUCCGGCGAUUGGAAAUCUCACAAAUUUGAUAAACCUGGCGGUUUAUAAUAACAAAUUGAGUGGAAAUCUUCCAAAAGAGAUAGGAAUGCUUCAAAAUCUUCUGGGUUUCUAUUUAUACGAAAAUGAAUUCACCGGCGAGAUUCCGGCGGAGAUUGGAAAUUGUUCCAACCUGCAAAUCAUUGAUUUCUCCGAUAACUGUUUCACCGGACCAAUACCCAAUACAAUCGGGAAUAUGUCAAUGUUAGUUGAACUUUCUUUGAGGGACAACGGUCUCUCCGGCGAAAUUCCGUCCAAUUUUGGACAACCCACCGGCCUGAAGGAACUAGCAAUACUAGAUUUUGCAAACAACCGUCUCUCCGGUCAAAUUCCGGCCAUUUUUGGACAACUCACCGGUCUGGAGAAUCUGAUGCUUUACAACAACUCUCUUGAAGGUAAUCUCCCUAUCGAACUUUCCAAUCUCGAAAACUUGAUCAGGAUUAUCUUGUCCGAUAACUUAUUGAACGGAACCCUAAUUCCAUUCAAUAAAAGUCUAUCGUUAAUCUCUAUUGAUGUCACAAACAAUCGAUUUUCCGGCGAGAUCCCAUCUGAACUGGGACUUCUUCCGUCUCUGGGUAGGAUCAGAUUGGGAAACAACACAUUCACAGGGAAAAUUCCGGCGACUUUAGGACAUAUCAAAGAACUAUCUUUGUUAGAUCUUUCACACAAUUUUCUCACCGGAAAAAUCCCAUCAGCUUUAUCCUCAUGCACAAAUCUAACCCAUCUCGAUCUCAACGAUAAUAAUCUCUCCGGCGAGAUCCCAUCAUGGAUUGGAAAUUUUUCUCAAUUGGGCGAGUUGAAACUCUGUUCCAAUAAAUUAUCCGGUCAUAUCCCGCCGGAGAUAUUCAAUUGCAAAAUGCUCUUAACCCUCUAUCUUAACGACAACUUGUUCGAUGGAACAAUUCCUGUCGAGAUCGGAAACCUUCCAUUCCUCAGCAAACUUAAUCUCGAAAAUAACAAGUUGUCGGGACCGAUUCCUCCGGUUAUUGGUAAUUUAACCGAUCUCCUUAGUUUAAAGUUAUCUAGAAACAUGUUCACCGGUGAAAUACCGGUGGCAUUAAGUAAUCUCUGGCAACUUGGAAGUGCUCUGGAUAUUAGUUACAAUAAUCUCACAGGCAAGAUCCCCGCUUCUCUUACGAAGUUAUCUCAAUUGGAAGUGAUGGAUCUUUCUCACAAUAAGUUCGUCGGAGUAGUACCUAAACAGAUCAGUGAAAUGAGUCACUUGUCGAUAUUCAACGUCUCUUACAACAAUCUCGGCGGAGAAUUGGACACUGGUUUUUCGCAAUUUCCGUCCGAAUGGUUCAGCGGAAACGACGAUCUUUGCGGCGCCCAUCUCAAGAAAUGCGGAACGGGUGAAGACGAAGGUGAAAAUUCCAGUGUAUUCAAAUCGAAGGCAAUACAAUUUUCAGCCAUCGCGAUUACAAUAUCGUUCUUUCUUCUUGUAAUCAUACUCGGAUGCUUCAUCAAGAGUAUUAAAGAUUCCGAGGACGAAACAAGCGAAGAUAAUUGUUUUUCCAUGUCGAAUUCGGUUAUUCGCAAGAUCCCACCUUUGAUGAAAGAUUUAAGUUUGGAAGAGAUAAUUGUAGCGACAAAGAAUUUCAGCGAGGAGUUCAUUAUCGGGUCGGGUGGGUCUGGGUCGAUUUACCUAGCCGAGCUUCAAACCGGGGAGAAGGUUGCGGUUAAAAAGAUGAGGUUGAAAGACAACCAAGUAAUAGCCAAGUGUUUCGAGAGAGAAAUGAAGACUUUGGGAACAAUUCGACAUAGGCAUUUGGUACAACUCUUUGGAAGUUUUAACCAUAAGAUUUCGGGGUGUCGUUUAUUGAUAUACAAGUACAUGGAAAACGGAAGCCUUUGGGAUUGGUUGCACUCGAAAGAAGGCAAAAACGGGAAUAUAAUGAGCUUGGAUUGGGAGACUAGGGUUAAGAUCGCGAUUGGUUUGGUUCAUGGGAUCGAGUAUCUCCACCACGAUUGUAUUCCGCAAAUCAUUCAUAGGGACAUUAAAUCGAGCAAUAUCUUAUUGGACAGCAACAUGGAAGCUCAUAUAGGAGAUUUCGGCUUAGCCAAAGCAGUCACGGAUGAACAAGAUUCACUCGGAUCGAGCUCGCAGUUCAUUGGGUCAUUUGGCUACGUUGGGCCAGAGUGUGCUUUCUCGAUGAAUGCAACCGAGAAGAGCGACGUGUAUUCAAUGGGAAUUGUAUUGAUGGAGCUGGUUACGGGAAGAAUGCCAAAUGACGAUAGCUUUGGCGUCAACAUGAACAUGGUGAGAUGGAUAGAGACUCGAAUCGAAAUAGAUGGACAAAGGAAAGAACUACUAGAUCCAAAAUUGUACCCACUCUUGGCCGAUGAUGAAAUAACAGCUUUCAAGGUUCUCGACAUCGCAAUCCUUUGCACCAAAGCUGUAGCUUCACAGAGGCCAUCGUCGAGGCAGGCCGGCGAUCUCCUCCGUCAAGUCAUAUGCCAUCGAAAAUGUGUCUAAACUUGAUAAAGGAAGUAAAGUCUAUAAAGAAGUUCAAAAUAUCUUGUUCUCUUUUAAAAUUGGUCAUGACUAUAA